AUGCCUCGAUCGUUUCUUGUGGACUCGUUGAUUUUGCGUGAGGCCAACGAUAAAGGCAACGAGAACAAUCCGCCGCCGCCGUUACUGCCGUACACGGUGCACCCGUCGCACGCGCUGCACGGGCUGUCGGCGGCUGCAGCUGCAUCGUGCCACGCGCGCAAAGCCGGACUGCUGUGCUUCUGUCCGUUGUGCAUGGCGGCCGCGGCGUCGCAGCAGCUUCACCCUGCUCCCCCGGCGCUCCCACUGCUUAAGGCGGCGGCCGCGGCAGCCUCGUUCCCGGCGGCUUUCGGCUCUCAGUGCUGCCCAUCCGCGCUCUCGCGGCAGCACUCGCCCUCCAGCGGCGUGCACGUGAACCACGGCGCGGGACUUUACCAGAGCGCGUACCAGGUCGCGGACCCGCGGCAGUUCCACUGCAUGUCGCUCGAAAACAGCAACAGCCAACUCCAAAGCAGCAAGCGCAUGCGCACAGCGUUCACCAGCACGCAGCUCCUGGAGCUUGAACGUGAGUUCACUUCAAACAUGUACCUGUCCAGACUGCGGCGCAUCGAGAUUGCCACCUACCUGAACUUGUCAGAGAAACAGGUCAAGAUCUGGUUCCAAAACCGACGUGUCAAGCAUAAGAAAGAAGGCAAGGGAGGUUCCCACAGAACGGGUUCUCUGCACUGCAAGUGUUCCUCUGCGAGGUGCUCUGAGGAGGAAGAUGACACCCCCAUGUCACCUUCAUCAUCAGGAAAGGAGGACGCUGAUCUCUCUGUUAGCCCAUGAACAUUCUCAGUAAACAUUCAUACAGGGCUUGCUCCAUAGCAUACCACCUGCAGAGUUACUCAUUAGCUCUUUGAUUAGCCAAAUCAGGUGCUAGAUUUGGGG